AUGUCGCAUAGCUACGAUGUCGGUACGAGAGCCUGGCAGCCCGAUGCCACCGAGGGCUGGGUGGCAUCCGAGGUUGUCAAGAAGUCUGUCGACGGCAACAAGGUGACCCUGAUCUUCCAGCUCGAAAAUGAAGAGCUUAAGCUGACCACCCGAAUCCCACAGAUCAAGACUGUCGAGGUCACUGCGGACGCCCUGCAGAAUGGCGACGAGACGUUACCACCGCUGAUGAACCCGGCUAUGCUCGAAGCCAGUGACGACUUAACAAACCUGUCACAUUUGAAUGAACCCGCUGUGCUCCAAGCCAUCCGCCUUCGAUAUGCACAGAAAGAGAUCUACACAUACAGCGGUAUAGUCCUAAUAGCUACGAAUCCUUUCGCGCGGGUAGACUCCCUCUAUGUGCCAGGUAUGGUACAGGUCUACGCUGGCAAACAGCGGGAGACCCAAGCUCCCCAUCUGUUUGCCAUUGCCGAGGAAGCUUUCAUAAAAAUGGUCAAAGAUGGCAGGAAUCAGACUGUCGUUGUGUCGGGAGAGUCCGGUGCUGGAAAGACCGUCAGCGCAAAGUACAUCAUGCGAUACUUCGCUACAAGAGAAUCGCCAGACAAUCCAAAGAGCCGGUCCAGGAAAGGCGCCGAAGCGAUGAGCGAGACGGAAGAGCAGAUUUUGGCUACCAACCCUAUUAUGGAAGCCUUUGGCAAUGCGAAGACAACGCGAAACGACAAUUCGUCCCGGUUCGGAAAGUAUAUCGAGAUCAUGUUUGACGACAAGACAAACAUCAUCGGAGCUAGGAUUCGGACGUAUCUCCUCGAACGGUCGCGAUUGGUCUUCCAACCCCUGAAGGAAAGGAAUUAUCACAUCUUCUACCAACUUCUGGCCGGAGCAACGGACAAGGAGAGGCAGGAACUGAGUCUCUUGCCGGUCGAGCAGUUUGACUACCUUAACCAGGGCAGUGCUCCUGUAAUCGAUGGGAUGGACGACAAGGCUGAAUUCAUGGCUACGAAGAGCUCUCUCAAGACCAUCGGUGUCGACGAGACCCAGCAGGCGGGCAUUUUCAACCUUCUCGCUGGUUUGUUACACCUUGGUAACGUUAAGAUCGCCGCCUCGCGGAGCGACAGUGUGCUGGCUCCAAACGAGCCUGCUCUGGAACGUGCCUGUGCUAUUCUUGGUAUUGAUGCCACCAGCUUCGCCAAGUGGAUUGUGAAGAAACAGCUUGUUACUCGUGGGGAGAAGAUUGUUUCAAACCUCACACAACAACAAGCCACGGUCGUGCGUGACUCCGUUGCAAAGUAUAUCUACUCCAGUCUGUUCGAUUGGCUUGUAGAGGUUAUCAACAGGAGUCUUGCCGCUGAGGAGGUCCUGAGCCGUGUUGUUUCAUUCAUCGGUGUUCUCGAUAUAUACGGAUUUGAGCAUUUCGCGAAGAACUCGUUUGAACAGUUCUGUAUCAACUACGCCAACGAGAAGUUGCAGCAGCAGUUCAACUCGCACGUUUUCCGACUCGAACAGGAGGAAUACGUCCGGGAGCAGAUCGACUGGACAUUCAUUGACUUCUCCGACAACCAGCCGUGUAUCGAUCUGAUCGAGGGUAAGAUGGGUAUCCUGUCGUUACUUGAUGAAGAGUCAAGAUUGCCGAUGGGUACGGACGAGCAAUUCGUCACCAAGCUUCACCACAACUAUGCCGCCGACAAGAGCAAGUUCUACAAGAAACCCCGAUUCGGCAAAUCCUCUUUCACCGUGUGCCAUUACGCCGUCGAUGUUACUUACGAGUCAGAUGGAUUUAUCGAGAAGAACAGAGAUACGGUGCCAGAUGAGCACAUGGAGGUCUUGCGUGCUUCCAAAAACAAGUUCCUCGCCUCGGUACUCAACGCGGCAUUGGCUGUGCGCGAGAAAGACGUCGCAUCCUCCAGCUCUGCGGUUGCCAAGCCCGCGGCGGGAAGAAAGAUAGGAGUCGCUGUUAACCGCAAGCCGACUCUAGGUGGUAUCUUCCGGUCGUCACUUAUCGAAUUGAUGUCCACGAUUGGCAACACAAACGUCCACUACAUCAGAUGUAUCAAACCCAACGAGGCUAAAGAAGCGUGGGCAUUCGAAGGGCCCAUGGUUCUGAGCCAGCUUAGAGCUUGUGGUGUCCUCGAGACUAUCCGCAUUAGUUGUGCUGGUUAUCCCGGACGUUGGACUUACGAAGAGUUUGCCCUUCGGUAUUACCUGCUCGUCCCUUCGACCACAUGGCAGACGGAGAUCCGGCAGCUAGUCAAGGAUAUCUUGGGCCAGGCUCUUGGCUCGCUCACGGGUACGGGUAACGACACUUAUCAACUAGGUCUGACCAAGAUCUUUUUCCGUGCCGGUAUGCUUGCCCACCUGGAGAAUCUGCGCCAGAUUCGCAUGAGCGAGGCUGCCAUCAUGAUCCAGAAGAAUCUUAAAGCCAAGUACUAUCGACGCAGGUACCUUGACGCGCGGGAAGCUAUUGUUUCUUUCCAAUCCUUGUCAAGGGCGUACAUGACCCGCGUGAAGGCCCAAGAGCUUCGUACAGUCAAGGCUGCGACCACAAUUCAGAGAGUAUGGAAGGGACAGAAGCAGCGAAGACAGUUCCUGCAGAUCCGCAACGAUGUCAUCCUCGCUCAGGCUGCUGCCAAGGGUUAUCUGCGAAGAAGAGAAAUCAUGGAAACCCGCGUGGGCAACGCUGUCAUACUCAUUCAACGCGUUUGGCGAGCGAGGCGACAACUCCGCUCUUGGAGAAGCUAUCGCAGGAAGAUUGUGCUGGUCCAGAGUCUGUGGCGUGGAAGGAAGGCCCGCAAGGAGUACAAGACUGUUCGAGAGGAAGCUCGCGAUCUGAAGCAGAUCUCCUACAAGCUGGAAAACAAAGUCGUCGAACUGACACAGUCGUUGGGCUCGAUGAAGACGCAAAACAAGACCCUCGUUGGGCAGGUCGAGAACUACGAAAGUCAGAUCAAGUCGUGGAAGACCCGGCACAAUGCCCUCGAGACACGGACAAAGGAGCUUCAAGCAGAGGCCAACCAAGCCGGUAUUGCCGUUGCUAAAUUACAGGCUAUGGAGGACGACAUGAAGAAGUUGCAAUUCAACUUCGAGGAGUCGACGUCGAACGUCAAACGGAUGCAGGAGGAGGAGAGGGAAUUGAAGGAAUCUCUUCGGUCUGCGACGGCCGAGUUGGAACGAGUGCGCGAAGCGACGACUGUCCACGAGAACGAGAAGAUGACGUUGCGGGAACAGUUGGCGCAAAUGUCCGAGGAACUCGAUCUGGCCAAGAGGUCAGGUCCAGUCAACGGGGAACUGACGAACGGCAACACUGUGGCUCCACCUCAGAACGGCUUGAUCAACCUGGUCUCGUCCAAGAAGCCCAAGCGACGGAGUGCUGGGGCGGAACCAAGUGGAAUGUUCGACCGUGUCAGCGCUGCUUACAACCCGCGCCCGGGGUCUGUGGUGUUCCGCCCUGGCGGCAACUUCAUCUCCGGCGCGGAGACUAUCGAGAUGGAACUGGAGAAUCUCCUCGCCGACGAGGAUGGUUUGAACGAGGAGGUUACUAUGGGACUUAUCAAGAACCUGAAGAUUCCUUCGCCCAACACCAACCCACCACCUUCGGACAAGGAGGUCCUCUUCCCAUCUUAUCUCAUUAACCUGGUGACGUCCGAGAUGUGGAAUAACGGCUUCGUCAAGGAAUCGGAGAGGUUCUUGGCCAAUGUGAUGCAGUCCAUCCAGCAGGAGGUUAUGCAACACGAUGGCGAGGAUGCCAUCAAUCCUGGAUCGUUCUGGCUGUCCAACGUGCACGAGAUGCUUUCAUUCGUAUUCCUUGCCGAGGACUGGUAUGAGGCGCAGAAGACGGACAACUAUGAGUACGACCGACUACUGGAGAUUGUCAAGCACGAUUUGGAGAGCUUGGAGUUCAACAUCUACCACACGUGGAUGAAGAUUCUCAAGAAGAAGCUACAGAAGAUGAUCAUCCCAGCUAUCAUCGAGUCUCAGUCACUGCCCGGCUUUGUCACGAAUGAAAGUAACAGAUUCCUUGGCAAGCUGCUGCAGUCCAACUCGGCACCUGCCUACAGCAUGGACAACUUGCUCAGCCUCCUGAACAAUGUAUUCAGGGCGAUGAAGGCUUACUACUUGGAAGACUCCAUCAUCACCCAAACGGUGACGGAGCUCCUCAAGCUGGUGGGUGUGACGGCGUUUAACGAUCUGCUCAUGCGACGAAACUUCCUGUCGUGGAAGCGAGGCCUGCAGAUCAACUACAAUAUCACUCGCAUUGAAGAGUGGUGCAAGAGUCACGACAUGCCGGAGGGUACCCUCCAGCUUGAGCAUCUGAUGCAAGCAACGAAGCUUCUGCAACUUAAGAAGGCAACGUUGAACGACAUCGAGAUUAUCCAAGAUAUCUGCUGGAUGCUCUCGCCCAACCAAAUACAGAAGCUGCUUAAUCAAUACCUCGUGGCAGACUACGAACAACCUAUCAACGGAGAGAUCAUGAAGGCAGUAGCGUCGAGAGUGACGGAGAAGAGCGACGUUCUUCUGUUGCAAGCUGUAGAUAUGGACGAUAGUGGACCUUACGAGAUUGCGGAGCCACGAGCGAUUACUGCUCUCGAGACGUACACACCAUCAUGGCUACAAACUCCCAGGUUGAAGCGACUGGCGGAGAUAGUAUCUGCCCAGGCUAUUGCUCAGCAGGAGAGGCUGGAAGCGGAUGAAUACGACGACGGUGAAGAGGAACUGACCGAGGCCGACGAGGUCGAGGUCAACGGUGCGUAG